GGAGCAGAAACCAGAUACUUCCUCAAAGCAGCAGCCUAAGCACAGAGCCCACUCACCCUGUGGUCCACCAACCCAGAAGCUAUGGGAAGCAAUCAGGACUUCCGAAAUCUCCAAGCUAAGUUCCAGGCCUCUCAGCAAGAGCCUGGAGAACUGUCCAGAAAAACCCUAAAACCUGAGUUCAACAAACUCCCGAAGAAGUUUCCGCAGACUGAAUUAAGUGAGAAGGCCUCACAAUCUGAGCUCAGUACAGUGUCCUUAAAACCCCUGCAGCUACGGUUUGCAGACCUCCCCAAGAAGACUUCGCAGUCAGAGGUUCUCAGAAAGUUGUCGCAGUCUGAGUUCACUGAUCUACUCAAGAAGCCCCUACAAUCCGAGCUCAAAGAUCUUCCAAGGAAGCCUCUACAUCCAGAGUUCACUGGUCUCAAGAAGCCCUCAGAGGCUGAGUUCACAGAUUCCAAGAAGCCCCCACAGCCCCAGUUUGCCAGCCUCCCCAAGCCCCCACAGCCUGAGUUCACUAAUCUCCCCAAGAAGCUUCCCAAACCUGAGUUUGGCGAGCUCACCAAUAAGUCUCCACAGCUUGAGGUGCCCCAGGAGCCUAGUGUACCUGCCCAGAAGCCCCUGAAACCUGAGCUCAGCAAUCCUGCCAGGCCCCCAGUAGAGCUCAAACCUAUUACAUUCCCCAAGAAGUUCUGGCAGCCUGAGUCCAGUGAGGCCCCUCUGAAGUCCUUGCCAUCUGAGUCCAGUACUUUUCCCAAGAAGCCACUGCAGCCUCAGGCUGCUGGUUUCUCUAGGAAGUCCCUGACACAGUCCAGCCAAAUUCCUCAGACAUCCCUCUCCAAGCCUGGGACCAGUGAGUUUCACCCCCACUCCCCACAGUCUGACAUCAGUACCUUUCCCAAGAUGUCUCUGCAGUCUGAGUUCAAUGAGAACUUCAAGAAGCCUCCACAUCCUCAGGCCAUUGGUUGCCCAAAGUCUCCACAGCAGCCCAUGUCCUAUGAGGUCCCCCAGACACCCCCCUGGAAGCCUGAGUCAUACAAUCUCCCAUCUUACUCCCCACAGUCAGACUUCCAUGCAUUUUCCAAAAAACAUCCACAGCUCCAGCUAAGUGACCUUACCAGGACAUCCUCAGAGCCUGAAGUCCGAAAAGUUCCUAAGAAGCCUCAGCACCCAGACCUCAAAGUGCUUCCUAAAAAGCCCUCACAGCUGGAACUGGGUCAUCUUCCUAGAACAUCCUCAGAGCCUGAGUUCAGCUCACUCCCCAGGAAGUUUCUGAAGCCUCAACAUGGCAAGUUCUUCCAGCCUGACUUUCCCAAGGGUCUGCCCAAAAAGCCCAAGCUUCCUGGUUCAGUAUCGGAGUGCUCUCUGCCCUCUGCCUUUGCGGGCUCCAGCCCCCAGUUCCCCCUCAGCCCUGGUUAUGGAGUCCCUGGGACACCCCGCUGGAGAUCAGAAGACUUGCAAGUCCAGCAACUGCCCCGGAGGCGGCCUCUGCCCUCAGCUAGCAGCCUGGGAUCCCCUCCAGCCAAGCCCCCAUUACCGCCUGUUCCCAUCAAUAUCCAAAGCUUCCGGAGAGGCUCAGCAACAGCCAUAGCUGUACUGAAGACCAGCUCUUCUGUGACCCACUUCCCAGCCCCAAAACCUCAACAUAUCUCACACUAUCUCUGCAGGAACCCGGACGAGAUCUAUGAACUGUAUGAUGCUGUAGAGGCCACAGGCAACUCUAGUCUCAGCCCUAAAGGCAGAGUGCAAUGUGUGAGCCAUCCUGUGGGCACAGAGUCUCUCAAAGGCUGCUUUGAGCAUUUCAGAGAUGAAGUGCAGUCUACCCAGCAAACCACCAGAUGGCCUCAGCAGAACACAGAGUUCAGGUACAUGGGGCAAACAGGGUGUUACAGGGCUGGGGUAAGCUCUGGGACUCUUGAUAGGGCAUACUUCUUACUUAUAAAUACCCCAAUGUCUGAGUUUUCCAGGAAGAAUGCCACUCAGCCACAGCAGCUGCCACCCACAGACCCCAAGUUGCUGAAACAGAUCAGGAAGGCAGAAAAAGCUGAAAAAGAGUUUAGAAAGAAGUUCAAGUUUGAAGGUGAGAUCGUGAUUCACACAAAGAUGAUGAUUGAUCCCAAUGCCAAGACCCGGCGUGGUGGUGGUAAGCACCUGGGCAUCCGGCGUGGAGAAAUCCUGGAGGUGAUCGAGUUUACUAACAAGGAUGAGAUGCUGUGCCGGGACCCCAAGGGCAAGUAUGGCUAUGUACCCAGGAUUGCACUGUUGCCCUUGGAAACAGAAGUAUAUGAUGACGUCAGCUUUUGGGACCCUCUGGACACCCAACCGUUUCCUCAGGGACAGUAAGGCAGACAGACAAGUGGGUUCCAGGACCACCAACCUAGUCACUGCUUACUCAGGAGCCUUGGAUCUCAGCCUGGCAAACAAGCCCAAGUGUACAUGCCCACAUAAAACUCGUUUUUAAAACA